AUGUCUAUCACUCAAACCCCAAAUCAUCCUGCUGCGUUCUCUGGACACUUCAAGCCACUUGCCGAGUCUAACAUUCCAAAAGCGUCAGCUCACACACCAUCCGCCUCACCCUCGGCGAAAGCCCUACACGAAGCAGAGGCUAAGGUCAACUUCAGCAAGAAAAACGACUCAAACACAAUCCUGUCUCGCGCGUCUUCUUCAAAGGGUAAGGCAAAAGAGGUCGAAGUGUCUGAUAACGAAGAUGAUGAAUACUCAGAUGAAGAACAAGACGAGGAAGACGAACCAGAGCCAGUGGUCAAAGAAGCCCCCAAGGUCAAGCGAGGACGUCCCCGCAAGCAAAUCCUCAAAGAAGCUGCAAAGAGGAUGAAAAAAUUCUAG